ACAAGGCUGGGAGUUGGAAGUACACUGUAUUUGGUGGCGUUGUCUUUGCAGAUUCGGAUCGCCGUUGAUGUAGGGUCGAUUUGGAGCUUAAAGAGUAUAGCCCUUGAACACACGUGGAGUAGUGCAGUCUGCGAGUGUAUUAUCUACGUGAAGCAAUUUAUUAUUUUAUUUAUUUGAAUCUAACAUCCUCUCACAAGUAUUAGUUGGCUCACUUCAGAAAAUGACUUCUCAAUAUGAUCAGCCGUUUUUCCAAUCAAACUAUGGGGAUUUUAGCCAACCUGGCGGUGGAGCGCCAGGUGGAGCAGCCGCUCCUCCUGAUUACUCUAACUUUGCCGCACCAUCAGGCCAGCAACCGAAUCAGUUCUACAAUCAGGGUUCAUACAGUGCACCACCACCUACCCAGCCUGACCAGUACACUGGUAGUAUAAUGCAACCGGACCAACCAGCCUCAGUUGGAUCUACUGGAUUUGAUGAUGAGCCACCACUCUUAGAAGAGCUUGGAAUUAACUUCGACCACAUCUACCAAAAGUCGAUAUCCGUACUAAACCCGACCAAACCAGCAGACUCUCAUAUUAUGGAUGACACGGACCUGGCGGGACCUCUGGUAGUGUGCAUCGUACUAGGCAUGACUCUCUUGUUGUCUGGCAAGGUGCAGUUUGGCUAUAUCUACGGCAUGGGAGUUCUGGGCAGCGGAUGCAUGUAUGCAUUGCUCAACUUGAUGAGUACAUGCGGUGUUACUGUCUCCACGGUAAUCAGCGUUCUCGGAUACUGUCUCCUUCCAAUGUUGAUACUGGCCGCAAUCAGUGUUCUCAUAUCCCUGCAAGGCAUCGUCGGUACGGUGCUGGCAGUCCUGGUCAUUCUCUGGUGUAGUGUGUCCGCAUCCAAGCUGUUUGUAGCGGCAUUGGUAAUGGAGUCUCAGCAGCUGCUCGUUGCAUACCCUUGCUGUCUUCUAUACGGCGUCUUUGCCCUACUGACUGUGUUCUAGAAUGCUUCACACCAGAACACGUUUAGCCUAUGCCAGAAUCACCACGCAAACCGUUCGAUGAAAUUAUUGCUUUUGCGUCGGGAACCUUUCCUCUGGCACUUGAUGUUUUCCUGGCCAGAAAUCAAUGCCAUGUGUGCUCUUUGUCACGUUGUUGUCUUCUUUAUUCCAUUAGUUCAUUUUCUACCUUGCUGUUUCGUUCUUGGGUGGUCUUAUAGGAAUAUCUUUCUUCAUCAGUUUUUAAAAACACAUAAUAGCAUAUGAAUUAUCCCCCCAGCUUGCUGAAGUCAUGCCGCAGUCAUACCGCAAAUGUUUUAAUUUCAAUGAAUACUUAUUACUGAGUUCUGCGGUGAAAGCAAAACAUGUGA